AUGAACACAACCCCCCAUAAACCCAAGACAGCCUCUGAGCACAGAAAGUCAUCAAAGCCAAUAAUGGAAAAGAGGAGAAGAGCCAGCAUCAACGGGAGCCUGGCUCAGCUAAAAACCCUCAUCCUGGAUGCUCUCGGGAAAGCUAGCUCCAGACACUCUAAACUGGAUAAGGCGGACAUCCUGGAGAUGACGGUGAAGCAUCUCCCGAACCUCCAGAGGGCUCAAAUGACCACUGCCCUGAACACCAACCCCACAGUCCUGGGGAAAUAUCCAGCUGGUUUCAAUGAAUGGUCUGUGGACCUGUCAUUCAGCCAGGACACCUUUAGUGAACUCUGGAACAAUGCUAUCACCCCAAAUGUCUCCUUCAUCCCCACAUAA